AUGGGCUCUUCUGGAUCAUCAGAGAUAAUUAGCGUUUCUUAUCGUCAGUCUGGUCGUUUACUGGUAUUCGAAUCUGGCAAAGGAUCAGAACGAACCCACCUUCGGUUAGUACAUGAAAAAGAAAUACGUGGCGCUCCAUUCAGUAUGGAUGUGCUCAAUGGCAAGCUCAUUGUGGCCAUAAAUAGCUCUGUUCGAUUAUUCGAGUGGACCUCAGAGAAAGAAUUGCGGUUGGAAUGUUCGCAUUUUAAUUACAUCACUGCGUUGUUCAUCAAAGUCAAGGUAAACUCCCAAUUCCUGGAUUUUCGCGGCAUGUGGAUGUCAGCGGUUGAAUUUAUCGAUGCAGAGACGGCUCUUGGAGCUGAAGCUGCUCACAAUCUCUUCACAUGUGAAAUUGAUAGGGGAGCAGACAAUGCGGAUGAGAAACGAAGAUUAGCUGAAGCUGGGAUGUUCUAUUUGGGUGAAAUGGUAAACGUUUUUCGAAGAGGAUCGCUUGUCUCCAGCCAUGUGGACAACCCUCUGCCGAUCACAAAGCCCAUACUUUUUGGUACCAUUGAUGGUACGAUUGGCCUAAUUGUACAGCUACCGGAGAAAUAUUUCAAAUUCUUUUCGGAGGUAGAAAAAGGCGUGGCUAGAGAGACUGAUAACUGUAUGAGGAUUGAUCAUGCUGUUUACCGACAGUUUACGAGCGAAAAAAUCGUUGAUAAGGCUGUGGGAUUCAUAGAUGGAGACUUAGUUGAGUCUUUGCUUGAUAUGCCUCAUGAAACCGCCGCUGCAGCAUUGGCCGGCAUUCAGCGACCGGGUAGGUUCACUUUCCCCACUACCACCGAAUUCUAA